GUUUGUGCGCAAUGUGAUCCCAAUCACGUCCUUGUUUAUGUACAAGCAUUAAGCUUCAUGGUACAAGAAAUUAUGUGUUAUUUAUGAGCAACGUUGACGUCAGCGUAGCAACCGUCUUAAAGUAGUUUGGCAUUUGUUACAUAAAUAUGAAGCUAAAUGAAAAUAGUUUGAUAGAAGGAAAGAGAGUGGUAUUGGUUCCUUAUAAAGUAGACCACGUUAUGAAAUACCAUGAAUGGAUGCAGUCAACUGAGUUACAGACAUUAACUGCAUCAGAGCCUUUAACUUUGGAUGAAGAGUAUGAUAUGCAACAAAGUUGGUGGACAGAUGAGAAUAAAUGCACCUUCAUCGUUUUGGAAAAAGACAAAUGGGUGGAUUCCAAAAAUUCUGAAAUUGACUGUAUGUGUGGGGAUGUCAAUUUAUUUUUCAAUUCCCAAGAUGACAAUUCUACAGCAGAGAUUGAAAUAAUGAUUGCUGAGAACAGUUGUCGAGGUAAAGGAUUUGGAAAGGAGGCUUUAUUGCUAAUGAUGAAUUAUGGUAUACAAGAAUUGAAAGUAAGAACCUACACUGCUAAGAUUGGUUGCCAAAAUGAAAACAGUCUUGCACUGUUUAAGAAGAUUGGGUUUACUCAGGUGUCAUUGAGUGAAGUUUUUCAAGAAGUUACAUUGGAAUGUCAAAUUACUGAAGAAAUAUUUAAAUGGUUGACAUUGCAAACCCAGCAUGCAGUACAAAAGUAUUAUACAGAAGAACAGAUGGUCAGGAAAAAAUAG